AUGCUCUCUAGAUGCCUCUCCACCACCCCCAUUAGAAGACACGCCUCUACUCUGGGGCCAAAGGCUACUGAUUCUCUGUGGCGCCAAGCAAUAAUCCGUAAGAAUGACUCCAUAAACGCGAUCGUCCAUGUAGCAUCAGAGGACGCGUCGGAAGCCCUAGCAAACGGUCCUCUGCAAAAGGUCGCGAUCGCAGUCAAGGACAAUAUAUGUACGAAAUCAAUGCCAACGACUUGUAGCUCCGCUAUGCUCAAAGAUUUCAGGUCCCCGUACGAUGCAACCGUUGUCCGACUAUUGAAGGAGGCAGGCGCCGACUUGGUUGGAAAAACUAACUUGGACGAAUUCGGGAUGGGCUCCUUGAAUACUUAUUCAAUCCACGGCCCAGUCGUCAACCCGUUCCAACUUCCGAAUGAAGAUUCGUCUUGGGAGAGCAGAGAACAACGAUCUGCAGGUGGAAGUUCUGGAGGAAGUGCAGCUGCGGUCGCUGCCGACAUGUGCUAUGCCGCGCUAGGAACAGAUACAGGCGGCUCUAUUCGACUCCCGGCAUCCUACUGUGGUGUGACUGGAUUCAAACCGUCUUAUGGGCUCAUCAGCAGAUAUGGUGUUGUCUCGUUUGCAGAUAGUUUGGAUUGCGUUGGAGUUAUUGCUAAGACCACAAAACGGGUCCGAGCGGUCGCUGAGGUAAUUAUGGUUCCUGACGCUCGAGACCCCACGUCUGCUUCGCACGCGCUACGAAGUAACGCUAGUUCCCAUUCUCCCCGUCUAAGUGCUACACGUCUGGAUGGUUUGCGAGUUGGCGUUCCUGCGGAGUAUUUCCCCUCAGAACUGGCAACAUCCGUGAUCACGCCCACAAGACGCGUUCUGUCUGCGUUCCAAUCACUUGGUGCCACCAUUGUCUCAGUCAGUCUGCCCUCAACACCCUAUGCAUUAAGUGCGUACUACGUCAUUGCGUGUGCUGAAGCAAGCAGCAAUUUGGCUCGUUACGACGGCGUAGAAUAUGGUCUCAACGUCACGGUACAAAGAACGCGAUCUGGCGACACGGCUAUGCGCAGUUAUGCCGCGACGCGGACGCAAGGAUUUGGACCAGAAGUCCGUAAACGAAUAUUACUAGGAACCUAUGCACUCCGCGCUGAUGCGUUCGACAAUUAUUUCCAACAAGCGCUGCGAGUGCGCCAGCUUGUUCGUGACGACUUCAACAAAACGUUUCGUUCGCCUGAUGUACGAUUCAUGGUGUCUCCUCCAGCUCCUGCUGCUGAUCAGCAUGGCGUCGACAUCAUUGUGCAUCCCACCGCUAUUCAACCUGCGCCACUGAUAGAUGACAAUACCAAGCAAGGCUUGGACGCAUACGUCCAGGACGUGUUGACCGUCCCCGCAUCGCUUGCUGGGUUACCAGCGCUGUCUAUUCGUAGUGAGUCCUCGAUUAGGGACAGCCAUGAGUGGCCAAUCGGUGUCACUAUCGUAGGGCAAUGGGGAUCGGAUGAUAUGGUACUGAGGGUAGGGGAGAUGGUAGAUAUGUCCCUACGGAGUUAA